GACGCCGGCGACACUUCCGAGUCCGACCCAAACACCCUAGUUGAAGUCAUGGCUACUCCGACGAAAGAUAUGAGUUUCCUGUCGAAUUCGUCAGAGGAAGAAGAAGAAUUCUUGUCUGAUGAGAAAGUUGUGUCACAGCGGCUGAUAGUGAUUACUCGACUCCAUCACCGUUCAGCUGAUAGGACAAAACUGGGAGCUCAUUAUGAAAAACUCAACUCUGAGUUGAGCAAACGGCACAUAGCGGAUGAGAUAACAGGCCUGCUGCUGAUCUAUCCAUCCUGUCUGCUGCAUGUGAUUGAAUCAUCUGGAGAUGUUCUGACUUCUGUUUUGGAAGACCUAAAAGCUUUGCAGCAACAGCCGAACCGCGACUUGCUGGAAGCUAAAAUUCUCUUCCUGGCUCACAACAUUGAAAGCAGGCUGUUUAAGGAGUGGAGCUACAAGGUGAUGGAUAAAGAUCAGGUUGUUGGCAGCUUUAGGGUCAGGAGACUUGAAGACGACGAUGAGAAAACCGAGCAUCUGUUUUGCAGUGUACUGUCGACUUUGCAGAAGCUGGGUGAACAUCUGGAAAGACCUCCAAAGGCUCUCCCUGGACUGGUGUUGGAUAAAACUCCAGUACUCAUCAUUCCUCAGAGGACUUUGGAGAAGCUUUUGCAUCGAGAUGAAUUCAUGAGUCCAGAACAGUACCUGCAUCUGUACAAGUCUCCCUUAAACAUCAACACUGAAUUUGGACAUCUAACUGCUGGAUCCCUGCUGUCAUUUACCUAGUAGGACCAACUAUCUGAAUAGUCAGAAGUAAGAACUCCUAAGUGGAAACCCUGGACAUUAACAAAUAAUAAAGUUCUUUAUGCAUGUUGAACACACAA